AUGUCCUCCUCCCAUCGUUCUUCCCAUCAUUCGUCCUCAAAAGGGAAGCACUCUUCCUCUUCCUCUUCUUCGAGAUCCAAACCCAAGAAGGACGACUGGUCAGAUAUCACGGACCCUGAGGAGAGAAGACGCGUUCAGAAUCGAAUUGCACAGAGAAAAUUCAGAGACAAGGCGAAAGAAGCCAAGGAACGUCAAGAACGAGACGCCAAUGACCGAGCCCAUGCUGGACACUCUUAUCACACACCCGAUCCGAGUGAAAUGGAACCAGAUGAGGAACUCUCUGGACUUCCAUGGGGUGGCAUGUCCAUGAAACAUGUAGUUUCCAGGGGCAAGGCAAGAGAAGAACAGUCCAGACGAAGUUCGAGGACACAUGAAGGAAGCUACGAUGCUCAGACACCUGUCUACGACGAUCGCGACGCAUGCUAUGAGGGGGAUGCUACCUAUUACGAAGACACGGACCCGGCUUACUAUGACUAUGGGAGUGGAAGUCAUGGAGGU